GAGCACCAGGACGAUCCGAUAGGGGGCGUGGAGGGAAAGAAGAGAGAGAUGGGGCAGAGAAACCAGGGUGGGAUGGAAGUGUGGGCGGAGACGCACGAGGACUGGUGCCGGAGGGGCAGCGGUGAUAGCCCGGACGUGGCAGGUACCCGGGCAACUACAUUUGAUCAUGUAAGUGCUCAAAGGGGGCACCAAAGGCAGGAGCGGAGGGGCGGGCAGGCUCGACGGAACCCAAAAUGGCCACGGCGACUGGAGGCAGUCGUGCGUCAGUGGUGUGCGACUGGCAAGGAUUGGGGGCUCGAUGACAAAAUGGGCAAAGACGCAGCAGCCUGACUAGGACGGGUGGCAACAAGGGCGCCUGCGCGCGGAUGGAGCACAGGGCGGGCGUGCGUGCUGGCGGGCUCGGAGCGACGUCUUUGACCCUGCUCUCUCUGUGUGUG